UUUAUAAUCCUAGUGAUGACAAUCAUCAACUUGAUUGGACAUUUCCUCAAGGAAAACGGGUUCGAACAGACUUUUCAAAAGUUUGAAGAAGAGUAUGGACAACCAAUUUGUACUGAAACCCACGAAUUGCCCAACAAGGAGACUUUGAAUGAGAUUAUCAAUGACCGGUUUAACUUCAAAUCUAUUCAACAAGAGAUCAGUAAAAUUGACACCCCGUUGGAUAACAAAGACUUCAAGCCUUGGAAAACUCCAUACCCCAAAAACCUUUAUCUUGAUACAGAUAUUGACCAGGUUAUUGUUUCUGUGGAUAUUGUACUUCACAAAAAUUGGGUGCUUUUAUCUACGGCCAAGCAGAAGUUAAUAAUUGUGGAUUUCAACGGGAAAAUUGUGAACAUAUUUGACCAAAUAAUAGGACGCCUUGUGAUCAAGAAAAUAGUCAGCGAUUCUUAUGACAACGUUUAUUUGGCUGGCAUGAGUGGAGUGAUCUACCAUUUCAAGAUAGAAGGCGAAGAAUUGACUAAAGUCAAUGAAUUGCAAGUGCACAGAAGGCUAAUAGUAGACAUGAAAAUAGUUGAAAUUGACUCUGAACCAUACUUGGUAUCUUUAGGAUUUGAUAAGCUCAUCAAGCUCAUCAGCCUUCGGCAGUGGGACGUUUCAGCCUCAUUUGAGAUCAGUAAUAUUCCUUCCUGUUUCGAUGUGAUCAACUACCAGAAUCAAGUUGUAGCACUUGUGGGCUAUAAUGAGAAUACACUCUUGGACUUAGUUCACGCCAAAUCCUCGAAAGAACUCGAAAGAUUAUAUAGAAUAUCCAUCAACGAUGCCGAGUUCACCACCAGCAACUUUUCUCCCCGAAUCAUUAAAUUUAACUGUUUUGAUAAACAACUUUUAGUGGCCGUCGGCACAUCUCAUGAGCCAUAUAUGCGGGUGAUGGUUUUACCGAUCACCGACUUUACCGCCACGAAUGACAUCCGAAGAAACCAGAUCAGUAAGAACAUUCUUACUAUGUCACCCCAAGAUAAAUUUAGUAUUCCAGUGAUUAGCUGGAGAAAAGAUGGCACUGGAAUAUGGGUUUUGGGAGAUGACGGCAUAUUAAGAGGUAUUAAUUUAGCCAACGACAAGAUUAUUGAAAUUCCUUGCCACAAUGGUAGAGUCAAGUUUGUGGAAACCUACGACCUCGGAGGUGAGACUGUUGUCACCAUCGGAGAUGAUAGACAUAUCAAAGUGUGGAAAUAGCAUACUUGUGGUAUCCCACUUGCGCGACAGAUGAGCAAAUUUUGUGGGGAGCGUAGGGCAACAAUUUUCAUAUGAGGAUCAAAACCUCGGAUAGCGCAUUUAUAUAUAAACUCCAUAAGAACGUACAUAAUCCCUUUUUUAAAAUAAAAAACUUCCCCAUAAAACCUUGGAAUUUGGAUCUGACAAUGUCGCUUAGUCCAAUUGAGAAGGCAGCAUCUGGAGCCUUGGCCUCGGUCAUUGCUAAUACGUUAGUAUACCCACUAGAUUUAUCCAAGACAUUAAUCCAAACUCAGGUUGUACCAAAAAGCACACCCAUUGACAAAUCUUCCAGCAUAGACAGUGUGUAUCAACAGUCAAAUGAUCCUAAAGGAGAGAAGAAAUACAAACACACGCUUGAUGUUUUGAAGAGAAUUUAUGCCAAAAAGGGGAUAUUGGGCUGGUAUCACGGAUUGUUUUCCUCCAUCUUGGGUACUGCUGCUCAGAACUUCUCCUAUUUUUAUUGGUAUACAAUUGUCAAGCGAGUUUAUGCCAAUAUGCACAAGAAGAUUCCCCACCAUAAAGCAUCGACGUUUACCGAGUUGUUUUUAGGAGCAUUGGCAGCUGCCAUCUCUCAGAUGUUUACUAUGCCCAUUGGAGUAAUUACUACCCAACAACAGACCGAUAAAGACCAUAACAACUUGUUCCAAUUGGCUCAACAGGUCUACAAGAAAGACGGUGUCACCGGUUUUUGGAGAGGAUUGAGAGUGUCGUUGGUGUUGUGUAUUAAUCCUUCCAUUACCUAUGGUUCGUACGAAAGAUUGAGAACCUUGUUCUACGGGGAAAAACAAUAUUUGCUGCCAAUAGAGAGUUUCUCGUUGGGAGUGGUGGCCAAGUCUUUAGCCACUGUUGUGACCCAACCGUUGAUUGUCUCUAAAGCCAUGUUGCAGAAGAAAGACUCUGAUGACCCAGAUCAUGUUAGGUUUGAUGGGUUUACUCACGCAUUAGAACACUUGUGGCUGACAGAGAGAUUCAAGGGAUUAUACAAGGGCAUUGCUCCUCAGUUGGUGAAGGGAGUUUUUGUACAAGGGUUAUUAUUUAUGUUUAAAGAUCAACUCGACUUGUUCUUCAUGUUUUUGUUGCAGUUAUUGAAAGCUAAGAAGAAAUGAGUUGACAAUUAUUAUUAUGAUAGAUUUAUAAAGAUGAUGCAUGGGGACAGAAAAUAAAGAAUCGACAAAUUCACCUCAUAAAGUUUGUUAACCCAAUACUUUUAAUGUAUGUUUUAA